CUCCCUCAAGUCUGCCUUUCUUUUUUCAGGAAAGAUGAAGGCAGUUCUACAAGUCUUCCCCGUGCUGCUGCUGCUCCUGGGCCUAGGGUGGGGAUACCGGUUGGAUCCGGCAAUCCUAGAGGAUAGCCAGGAGCUGCUGAAUCAGUUUUGGGACAGUGACUCAUGGGAAGAUGCAGCUGAAGACAUGGAUGUCAUCCAAGCCAUGGGACCCCAGGAGGCCGAUGAUAAUGACAUGCUACUGUUGGAUUCUACAGAGUCGGCAUUGGCAGAGGCCUUUCUCAGAGAAGAUGAAGUUAAGGAUGAGGAAGAGCCGGCGGCCGAGGACCUCUUCCGUGAGGAGGUCACAUCCUACCUGAGGCAGGUCCCGUCUAACGGGGACCACAGCGUCAUGAUGGUCUGGAAGGCCUGGGAGCCAGAGAACACAUGUAAGGCAAAGCGUGCUGUUAUCCAUAAAAAGCAAGAGAAAGGCAAAACUAUCCAUGGUGCUCCAAAUACCCCUUAUGAGGAGAACAAAUGUUCCCGGAGCAGGCAACUGCUGCUCACUAUUUGUCAAGUAACUGAGGACAUAGUCUCCCCCAAGAAGUAUAACCACAAGAGCCCUCUUGUGACUGUGACUAUCACCAUUGCCUGUGAUGGCUUGGGCCCUCUAAGCUUUAAUUGUUAAAUAUGAAAUUUUGUGGACAGCUCUUCUUUCUCUUCCUGUUAAUUCUCAACUUAAGCACAUGCUCAUGGGGUCAGGGUUAGAAAGGGGCUAGAGGGAUCAUUUGAGCAAUUUGGAAAUGAGGGAACUGCAGUCUGUCCAGAGUGGUGAUGCCCUUAUGAUUGAGAUCCUCCUCUUCCUCCCAGUUUUAAUGACCAAGAAGGCAAGGCACUACAAAUUGGGAUCUUUUCUUUCUUUUCUUUUCUUUCUUUAUUUUUUUUUUACUGAAGCAACUGG